AUGACUGAGGCUUCGUCCUGCAGCAGCACACCCUGCAGCUUGACAGCCGACAAAAACUGUCUCUCCAAAAGCGAACAUGUUCCUGGGGCGGGCUGGAUGCACCUGGACCUGCAGAUUAGGCUGUUGGCUCACGGCCUCUGCAGCUUUGGACAGACUCCACAAAAGCAAAUACUGACGAGACGGUGCAACAUAUGUUUCACUUCACACAGCUUUCACUUCAACCUAGAGCCGGCCUUAACAAGUUCAUCAAAUGAACUCCUCCUCUGCCUCUUGGAGCAGUUCUCACACACCUACAGCUCCUGA